UGCACCCAUUUUAGAAACAAGCAGCUCAAGAGUCACCAGGCAGAAGCAACCGCCCGGCCCUCUCUGAGAACCUGAAAAGAAGAGAGACUGGAAAAAGCCAACAACAAGCCGUAAACGGAAAGGCUACCGGAACCAGCACCCAGCAACACAGCCGGGGUGCAAGAGCCCCUACCCCACAGCCCGCGCCCCGCGGGUUCGGCCCUUGGGGGCGGGGCCGACCGCUCCUUCCGGGUUGCGGGCGGAAGUGAGAGAAUUUGAAUCCUACGGGCCGUUGGAGGGGGCUGGUCGCUGGUGGCUUGCAGAAGUGCUGCGCGAGAAGGGAAAAGUGACGCGGCCACCCUGGAACUUAUGCUCCGCGAGCCUCUCUUUCUCAGGACGUGAAUGUCAUAGCGAAAGCGAUACCACAGUAAAAUGAAUGAAAAUAAACCUGGUGACUCACAAACGCUUGCUUGUGUUUUCUGUCGAAAAAAUGAUGACUGUCCUAAUAAAUAUGGUGAAAAGAAAACAAAUGAGAAGUGGAAUCUCACUGUACAUUACUAUUGUUUGUUGAUGUCAAGUGGAAUUUGGCAGAGAGGUAAAGAAGAAGAGGGAGUUUAUGGUUUUCUAAUAGAAGACAUCAGGAAGGAAGUGAAUAGAGCAUCUAAACUGAAAUGCUGUGUUUGUAAGAAAAAUGGUGCUUCAAUUGGAUGUGUUGCACCUCGAUGUAAAAGAAGUUAUCAUUUCCCAUGUGGACUUCAGAGAGAAUGUAUUUUCCAGUUUACUGGCAACUUUGCGUCAUUUUGUUGGAAACAUCGACCUGUUCAAAUAAUGGCAUCCAAUAAUUACAGAGAUUCCUUACCAUGCACCAUUUGUUUGGAAUAUAUUGAGCCUGUUCCUACUUAUAACAUACUACGAAGUCCUUGUUGUAAGAAUGCUUGGUUUCACAGAGACUGUUUACAGGUUCAAGCAAUAAAUGCAGGAGUGUUUUUCUUCAGAUGUACAAUAUGCAGUAAUACUGACACCUUUCAGGAAGAGAUGUUAAGAAUGGGAAUUCACAUUCCUGAAAAGGAUGCAUCUUGGGAAUUAGAGGAAAAUGCUUAUCAAGACCUUCUGCAGCACUAUGAGCACUGUGAUGUUCGAAGAUGUCGUUGCAAAGAAGGGCGAGACUAUAAUGCACCCGAUAGCAAAUGGGAAAUAAAACGCUGUCAGUGUUGUGGUUCUAGUGGAACACAUUUAGCCUGUUCCUCACUACGAUCAUGGGAACAAAAUUGGGAGUGUUUGGAAUGUAGAAGUAUUAUCUACAAUUCAGAUUUCCAAAAAGCAAAAAAACAUGCAUUAUCCAACUCUAAUAAUGUGGCAAUUACUGAUUGUUUGUUGGAAGAGUCAUCACCUAAGUUACCCAGACAGUCACCUGGAGCUCAGCGUAAAGACCUGCUGAGGCAAGGCAGCAAGUUUAGAAGAGAUAUUUCGACUAUUCUGAUAGAGUUAGGAUUCCAAAUUAAAAAAAAACCUAAAAGAUUAUUUAUCAACAAAGCCAAUAUAUGGAAUAGUGCCUUAGAUGUAUUCAGGAAUCAAAAGUUUAAUCCUUCAUACGCAAUUGAAAUAACAUUUGUUAAUGAAAAUGAUAAGUUUGCAAGAGAGCUUCCUGGAUCAAAGCAGGAAUUUUUGAGUCUUUUGAUGCAACAUCUUGAGAACUCAUCAUUGUUUGAAGGGUCCUUAUCAAAGAACUUGUCUCUAAAUUCUCAAGCUCUGAAAGAGAAUCUUUACUAUGAAGCUGGAAAAAUGCUUGCCAUUUCUUUGGUUCAUGGUGGUCCUUCACCUGGUUUCUUUUCUAAAACCCUGUUUAACUGCCUUGUUUAUGGACCAGAAAAUACCCAACCAAUUUUAGAUGAUGUUUCAGACUUUGAUGUAGCACAAAUUAUAGUAAGGAUAAAUACUGCAACAAAUAUGACUGACUUAAACUCAGUAGUAAAUGAAUGCUACAACUACCUAGAGCUUAUUGGAUGUCUUAGACUUUUAACGACAUUAAGUGAUAAGUAUAUGUUGGUAAAAGACAUACUUUUCUACCAUGUAAUUAAGAGAGUCCAAGCACCCUUUGAAAGUUUUAAGCAGGGUCUGAAAACUCUUGGUGUUUUGGAAAAAAUUCAGACUUACCCAGAAGCAUUUUGUAACAUCCUCUGUCAUAAACCUGAGAAUCUUUCUGCAAAGAUCCUUAGAGAUCUUUUUACAGUACACACAUUACCUGAUGUACAAGCUUUGGGGUUUUGGAACAGUUACUUACAGACCGUUGAGGAUGGCAAAUCUGCAACAACACUGGAAGACAUUCUUAUUUUUGCAACUGGUUGCAGUUCCAUUCCACCUGCAGGAUUUAAACCCACUCCUUCAAUUGAGUGUCUUCAUAUGGAUUUUCCUAUUGGAAACAAAUGUAAUAACUCUUUAACUCUUCCAAUCACCAGUACAUAUAAAGAGUUUCAAGAAAAUAUGGACUUCGCCAUAAGAAACACUCUAAGACUAGGAAAGGAAGAAAGUUCUCAUUACAGUGAACAUUAAAAUGUUUCUUUGAACAAAGAGAUGCUUCUUUAAAAGCUGCUAUUAAAAACUUUCUUGUUUCAAAAAUCUAUUAAUCAUCAGUUUUGAACAAACUUGUCACCUUCUUGACCCAAUAAAAUUUAUGAUAUAAACAUAAAGGAAUGUUUUGGCCAUUUAAACAAAACAGAAGUUUUUUCAAUUAAGGCAUUCUAGUCAAAAUUGGUGAUGUUUUUCUGUUUUCUUAAUGUACAGGCUUCAUAAUCUUCAAUGUAAUUACUUUUAGAAUGGUUAUACAAACUUGAUUCAGGUAUAAUAGCAUGGCAGGUGCCAUUUUCAAAUUUUUCUUUAUUUUAAAGGAUUAAAUAGAAGAGCUAAUUGAUUAAAUCCUGCUUUAGGAAUCAGGCUUAGAUUCUGGGGUUUAUACAUUAUAUUUAUGCUUUUCAAAGAUGGCACUAAAUCCAUUGCUAAAAUAUUUCUAGAUCACUGAUUUAUGUUAAAAUUACCCACACUGCAAUUGGGUUAUUUCUAAUAGGAGGUGUUAUAUAAAAAGCAGAAUUGCACAAAAUUGUCUGGAUUCUGGGCAUGUUCCAUAGGCUUAAAAACACUUCUGAGGUGGAUACAAUGUAACUGAAAAUACCUAAGAGAAUAGUAUCUUCUAAGUCUUGGUUUUAAUCAUAGACCUCUGGAAAAAAAAAAAAAAAAACUCUGGUAUUCAGUAUGUCUAAUCCAUAAUCACUUUAGGUAUCUGAAUGAUCUCUGUGUAUUAUAAUGUGUUAUACAUGGGUUUUUGGCAUUAUUAAGGUGGUAUUAUAGGCAAACCAGCUCCAUACCAUUGUACAAUUAUCUUCUUUACCCUAGAAAGAUACCUUUUUAUAUAAGCAAUGUAUAAAGUAAAAAAGAAUAUAAAUAAAAAAAUACAAACAGAAUGAAAACCCCACUCUAAACUCACCAUACAUAUUAGUAUUGUUUCUGUAUAUUCAUCUAUAAACUCCUGUCUUGUCUAUUUUUAACAAUAUUAAUGCUACUAAAAUUAACAAGAAAUCAUGUAAUAAUAAUUUGAAGAUAUAUAGUUUCAUACUUAUGUUCCCAUAGUUGUGUUCCUACCAAAAAAAUUGAGAAAUUGGAUGUCCUUAAUCUAUUAUCAGAUCCCAAUCUAUUAUGAAAUAAAUGAGAUAAAGCCCUGGUUUUCUGCUAAAGUAAAUCAUUAUAUACUAGGUAAGGCAUUAUGAGAGGUAAAAUAUUUUAACCACAAUUUUCUUGCUACAUUAAGUAUUAGCUAUGAUCACAAUCUCAUCCUUCCCAAGAUGAGACUCCCCAAUACUCAAAUUAUUAAUAUUUUUAAAGAAAAUUACCAAGAUUGACUUAUGGUAAUACAUCUCUUAAAACCAAAGGAAAAUGAAAACAAUCCUAACGUAAUUUCCUUUAUUACCUCAUUUUUCAAAUUGUACUAACAGACCUAGCAAAUUACUUACUUUAAUUAUUUAACAAUAUUAAUAAACAAGGCAUUUCUUUGCCAUGUGUUAAAUUGUUAGAUUAUCAAAAGUAAUUAAAGGGUCAGUUAUUUUAAAAGUUUAAUAUCUAAUAUAAACCUCAAGCUCACCAUAGAGCUUUUAUUCAAAAUGUGUUGAUAAAUCAGGUAUUUUAUUUCUUAAUGCAUCUAGUUUUUAGAAAAAUUUAAAAGCCAUUAAAUCAAUAUAAUCCUCCCCCCCAAAAAAAACAAUUAGAUCUACUUUCUGGUUUGUAGUUUUAAUUUCUCCUUGUAUGCUAAUUAAAACUAAUACAAUACUCGCAUGCUUUGUGAGGGUGGGGGUAGGGACUAGGAGCAACAUGCUUGGUUAAUAAUAAUUAAAACUGCUAUUUCAGUUCCUCCUUACACUUAAGUAUAGAGAAGGCCUUAGUAUAAGAUGGUGUAAUUAAUAAUUCAGAAUAUUAGCCUCUUAAAGUGAAAUGUAAAUAUAUUGUAAAAUGUUUUCUGGUUUGAAGGAUGUCCUGUUAUGAUUUUUAGGUUAAUCUGUAUAGUCAAGGCAUAUCAGAGAAACCUGUUGGUUAUUUAUUUUCUGCAGUGUUACUUUGUCAAAUGGUUUGUGUUAUUCUGUUCCUAUUUGUUUUAUAGCACAAUUCUUAACUGAUGCCGAAUUUUAUAAAGGAAUUAUGCUACAAAGUUUGUAUAUGUAUUUACUGUUUCAAUUGUCUAAAUGGCGUGUAUUAUUUUAAGCUUGUUUUCUUUUACUUAAUAUUGAAGAAAACCAUAAAUUGACUAUUAUGCACCUAUUAUUAAUGGUUUUGAUUAGUUUUAUAUUCAUUUCUUUAAAACAGUUUUAAAAUUGUUUCUAGUAUGGGUUCUUUAUCUGAAGGUCUUUUAUACAAUACUAUUCUUGUACUUGGUCAUUUUACUCUUUUAGAAUUUAAGGUAAGGAUUCUUUAAAAUACCAAAAAGUUUUAGAUUAUAAUUUUAUACUUUGUAAUAUUUAGUUUCUACAUUAUGACAAAUUUUUUUUUAGUAAAGCAAAAGUCUUCAUUUGUUUACUAGCUUGAGAAUUUACUUUGACUUCUGUUUAAAGCAUAAUUUUUCCCUAAUUAUAUGGAGAAAGCUAUUCAAAUCUGCACUCAGUACUAAAAUGCUAAGUAAACGGGAAAUAUGGAUAAGUUUUCUCAGUGACUUUGCCUUUAGUAUUCAAUCAUAAUAAGAAAAUGAUCAUUGAUCAUAAAAUUUUUCUAUUUAUAAACAUAAUUAUUGUAUAUAGUGAUUAUCAUACUCUAUUAUUGCUUUUUCUGUAAGCUGUUAGUUUUUUAUGCUUCAAGUAAUGCAAAGUUUUGUGCUUAAAGUAAUGCAAUACAAAACAUAAGAACACAUGUAAUGAUGAAGUGGAUGUGUGUGACUUGUAGUUUAAGGAAAUUUGGAUUGCCUUGAACAGACCCAGUUUUCAAGUUCUGAUUUUGACCCUUUUCAAAUUCCCAAACAUACUCUAAUACCUACUGUAUGCCAAGUGUUAUGCUAGGUGAUUAUUUAUAUGUGAGCCUAUUUCUCCCCAUCUUAAAAGUGGCCAGAUGUAAUCAAAAAGCAUGACAAUGAAGUUUUCUGAAUAAAUGUGCCACUAAAUGUGCUUAUAUAAACUAAAUUAAAGAACUUGCUGGAAUUUCACAAGGUUAAGAUUCUGACAAAACUGAGUAACAUCCAAAAUCCUGUACUCUCCACAUUUGAGAGAUCCUAUAAGCAGCUGACAACCAGGAGCCUCUCUAUACAUGAAAUGUUCUGAGGUAGUCUGUGAUAACAGAAUGCAUUUUAUUCUUUGAUUCUAAUAAUACAAAAGAAAUACCAUAAUCUCAGCCCUUCAAGUAUUAUUCAUCUGCUGCUACUGUUCUUCUCUGGGGUAUAUUUUUCUGUAAAUUUAUUGCCCGCAGGACAGUUUUUUUUUCCAUACACAUAAUAUACACCUACUGAACAUAAAUUUAACAUUGUUUCAGUAUUUUAUGUUAAUAUGACUCAUGUAGUUCCUCAAAAGGAGUCUUUGAUGGAACUGAAACUAUUACAUGAUAGAUUUGCAUUUGUAAGUGGAGUUGGGUCUAUGUUUUAUAUUCCCUGAAGAAUGCAGUAUGCAGUAAAACUUACCCAUAAGGCAGGAACUGUCAUUUGUCUAAAAAAAGACACUAGUUCAUUAAAGAUUUUUUUGAAAAUAGUUGUAAUACCAUUGAAGAAAACACUAGUUUCAAAGUUAAGCUUUUAAGGCAUCAUUUAUUAUUUCAGAAUUUUAUGCAACUUCAAAAGAAACAUUCAACAGCUAGCAAAAUGUCAGCAAUGAACCUUGAACAUGAGAAAUUGUGUAUCCAUUUUUGACAUCCAAUAAAAAUCUAUGGAUUAUGGAAACUA